AUGGCGGCACAGCCGUCACAGGUGGCUGCACCGCACUCUCACCCGCUCCACCGCCACUCGGGCGCCCACCCCUUGAGCAAAGAGGUGUCUGCCGUGGCCAGCAGCCUCGCUGCAGGGGACUAUGAGGAGGAGUCGCUGCUGCCCUCCCCACACGGCCACCACCACGCCAUCCACAAGCACUCGUUCAGCGGCCAGCUGGACUCCCGCCUGCACGCGUUCCAGGUCGCGUUCUUCAAGCCGCCGCCCUCGUCAGACGUGCUGCUGCAUGGCGGUGGGCUGCAGGAGCGGCAGGGCAGCACGCUGGAUGCAGAGCCCUUCCUCACCAUGAAAGAUGUGCAGCCCAGCGAGGCUACUAGAGAGUGGCUGAUGGUGGGGCUGACGUUGCAGCCCAAGCUUGCCUGGGGCUGGCUUCCCUUUGCCUUCUCCUUCCUGGGCUUUUCAGUGGCCCUCAAGCUGCUGCUGUUCUGCACGCUGUUCAGCGUCUACUCCGCUGCCAUCCUGUACCGCCUGUACCUGCACACUGACAAGCAAGGGAAGCUCGACCUGGCCGACAUUGGAGAGGCGGCAUUCGGCAAGCGGCUCGGCCGGCGCCCCGUGCUCUUCUUCUGCCGCCUGAUCAACAUAGCCCUGCCCACCAUCUGUCACGUCGGUGGCACGCGGUUCCUGCAGGUGGCACUGUUCUACACGACCGGAGUGUGCCUGCCAUGGAUCUCCCUGCUGUUUGGGGCCACGGUGCUGGGGCUGGUGCAGAUACAGCGGCUGGGCAGCCACCCAUCCCUCAUCCGCAUCGUGCAGCCCGCUCUGACGGUGGUGGCGGUGGCCGCCACGCUGCUCAAGCUGCUGCUCAUGCGGGCGCAGCAGGGCCAGGCGCCGCAGGUGCUGGCGCUUGAUGCAGACGAGGCCAGCAGCAUAUACCUGUCCGACUAUGUGAUCGCGGUAGUGCAGCUGAUCAGCGCCAACUACAUGGGGCAGCACUUCUUUAUGGAGGAGAUGUCGUCGAUGGGGGCCCCCAGCACCUUUCAACACUCCACCGCCUGGGCGCAAGUGGUGACACUGCUGGCGAAUGUGGCCGUGGCCGUUGCAACGCUGAGGGUGCAGCCCCUGCACCCGCACAGCUUCAUCAGCUUUGCCUUUGGUCCCGACCUGCUGAGCCGCUUCAUCAAUCUUGUGCUGUGGGCCCUGAUGACGGUCAAGUCUGUGGUGGCGCUGCACUUGGGCACCAAGAGCCUGCUGCCCCGCCUGCCCCACCUGCUCGUCAACUGGUUUGAUCCUGAUGGCGUGGACUCCAGCAUGCACAUCAAGCCCCGUCAGCUCUGGUUCCUGUGCAGCAGCAUUCUGGUGCUAAUCAGCUACGUUGUCAGCGGGACCUUCCCGCACACCUUCAUGUAUCUGUCUGGGCUGCUGGUAUCUGUCGCUUAUGUGCCCAUCGCCUUCACGCUCCCGUGCAUGUUCUCCCUCAAGCUUCUGGCCAACCAAAUCACGGCUCUGGAGUACACGCUGUCCACCUGGGUCAUCCCCGUCUCUAUAGUGAUGAGCCUGAUGGGGUGCUGGGCCUGCCUCUACCAGAUGGUGCUCAAGUGGAACAGCGUGCACCACGGCGGGAGCUGGGUGUGCAACCUGGUGGUGCCGCACUGA